GGUUUAACUCGUUUGAGUCACAGCUUAGAAGUAUAAUUCAAACUAGUGAAGAGCAGGGGAAGGCAGUUACACUUUACCAGAAGACCAAGACAGACAGGUUUGGGGAGAGACGACCAUUCAAAGACCUGUUUUGGGAACUUUUCAAACUUUUCAGCCUUUAUCUGAACCCAUCUAAACAAAGAAGAAGAAAGCAUCUACAAUAUAAAAAAGUAUUCUGUAUUCCUCUUCUAAGAUUUUCUUCUGUCCACACAAACAGGAUGGAGGAACAGGAAGUAUCUACAGCAUCACGUACCAAUUCAGUAAGGCACCAACACAAGACACUGGGCUCCGGUGACGACCAGGACGAUGCCUGGGAUGCCGGCCCGGAGUGUUCAAUCUGCUUUUGUGCAUACGACAACACCUUCAAGACACCGAAGCUUCUCACGUGUACCCAUACCUUCUGUCUGGAAUGUCUGUCUCGCUUUGUGACUAUUUCACCAGAGCAGGACGGUACCCAGAUCACCUGCCCUCUUUGUCGGCAGCCAACAUCUGUACCUGAACACGGUCCUCCAGAGCUGGCCACCAGCCAGGAAGUUUUGGACCAACUUCCAAGCGACCUGCAACAAGUGGAGAACGUUUUUCUAGAUGGAAAGAGACUGUGUUACUCGAACCCUAUGAUACCCAACUGCAUCUGCAUUGACAUCGGGGAGCAUAAACAAGAGGAGCCGCCGAGAACAGAGGAGAGAAGAGAGGGUUGUGGACACAGGCUGCUGAGAUUCUUGGGUUUUUAUGGAAACUGGAAAAGGCUUGUGGUCUUCAUCAUAGUGCUUAUUGUGGUCUUAUUCGUUAUACUGUGGCCUCUCCAGUGCUUUAUCAUCUCAAACUCCAUGUCACAAUGCUUCGGAGAAUCUCCAGCUACGGCCAGUGCUCCCAGACCUCCAGGGGGUAACUAAAACACACAGGUGGACACAAUAAGGUUUUAUUCAAGCCUGGAAACAGUUUCAGCUUCGUGAAUUGCAAAUAACUUUCAGGUUGUAUGGACUUCAGUCUAAAAGCAUGACUGAUGAGCUAAAAUCACAGCUAUAACCUUUACAGCUUCAUACAACAGCAAACCUGUAUCGGUUAAAAUUCGACUUUUUCAUUUCAACUCAAUAUUUGUUGCAUGAAAUUUCAUUGUCGUAUCAGAUACUUCCUAAAUGCCACUGUAAAUAUUUAAAAUUCUCUUCUGCGUUUAAAACAGAUGAACAAAAUAAGCACUAGAGUAAAACUUUUUAAACACCUUUUAACAGGAUCCUGCUUGCCGGUUUGAUUGCUUUGGCUGGAAAAGAUCUUUGCACAUUUUGUAAAAUAUAAAGCCUUCAAUUUAUUGUGUGUUUAUUUGCAAAAGUAUUCAUUAAUUACGCAUGUAUAUUAACAGAGUUUUCAAAUUUAUUGUAUUUUCAGAAAAAAAAGUAAAAUGUACUGUAAUCAAAUGUUUUUUUAUUAAAAAUUUCUCACUGUA